UCAUAGCAAAUAGUCAGGUCGAUUCUUCCACGCACCACCGCUGACUUUGGCUCUGCCGAAUUUUCGGGUGAAAGCAGCUGCUGCCCUGAAUGGCACCGCCUUAUCCUCGUCUGCCGGGCAAGAGAAAGGGAGUUCAAAGCAAUGCUUAGAAAUAGCCUGAAAUGAGCAUUACGAAGCAGCCUUUUACUGCUACCCUGCCCAGACGUUUGAACUCUAGCUGAAGGGAUUUAGGGGAAAUGGAGAGGACGAUUCCAACAGUUACUACUGGGAAUGCAAUUUCGGGUCCCCUACAAUGCUUACUUAGGCUAAUGGAGGUCCUGCCAUUCAGAUCUCAUUGCGCUGGGAUACAGGGUAAACAUUUCCCGGUGACCCUCUGCAUGCAGGUCUCCUCUUCUGGACAUCAUUAAAAGUAUCCACGUACUUGCCUGACAUCAAUUGUGCGGCUGGCUCUCAGGGUUCAGAGAACCCGACAGAAAGCAGGAAGGCGAGCCCAGGGAAGACCCGGCUCUGCUGCUGCGGGCUGUAAAGAGCCUGAAAAUCGUUUGGUUGCGGGUGCAUAAGAAGAGACAAAAGUGCUCAGCAGGUAAGAGUCGAGGGCUUUGCCAAGAAGGAACUGUCCUUGAUCGCUGUGACAGGAUUGCCUCGCCGGGGACUCCUCUCUCGUGAGCAUCCACGCGUCCCCGAGGGGGGCUGCCUGUCUCCUCUCAUCAGCAUCACGGAGGGAAAUUUCACAGCCGCUCUUUCUAGUCCUGCUAAUCCUGUUAUCCGAGGGGUUAUAAAUAUUAACGCCUCCGAGACUGGGGAUGGGGGACCAGAUUAAGCCUACUCCGAAGUAAGAUGUCAGCCGGCCUCUUCCCGGCCCACCGGCUCCCGGAGCUGCUUCGCGGCACAGCCCCGCCGCUCCCCUGCCCGGAGCGGCUUCUGGGCACCUCGGUGCUGAGCUUCGUGGCCGACAUCUCACUGGGAACCCCUCAGAAUUCAUCCCGGGCCGGGCUGAGCCUGGGGCUAACCCCCGAGCUUCCCUUCGGGGACAGAGCCCUGUCGCUGCGGGAGGGGAUGGCCCGGGGACUGCCUUUGACGGCAAUCGGAGACGGGGAUCUCGAAGACGAAGAGGAGGAAGAGGAGAGGAUCCGGAGCUCUUCCCUACUGGACAGACCCAGGAGAAAGAGGGUUAUCACCUACGCCCAGCGCCAGGCAGCCAACAUCCGCGAGAGGAAGAGGAUGCUCAGCAUCAACUCGGCCUUCGAUCAGCUGAGGAAGAAGGUGCCCACCUUCGCCUACGAGAAGCGGCUCUCCCGGAUAGAGACCUUGCGCCUGGCCAUCGUGUACAUCUCCUUCAUGACCGAGCUCCUGAACGGCUGCAGCAGGCAGGAAGCAAGCUAAGGGCAGCGAGGCCCGGCGGGAUGGGGCUGGGGCCGGACACCGCCCUUAACCACGGGCUCCUCGCCCCGCAACCUGACCAUACAGGAGUGGGAUUUAAAGCGUGAAGGGAAAGGGGAGAUGGAGAGGUUCGAUGUGUGUAGAUUUGUUAAUAUAUAUCGCUUUUGUAAAGGAAGUGGGGGGGGGAAAUGGAAAUUCUGGGGCAUUUUGGUUAUUGUUUUUUUGACUGCUUGCCAUCAGUAUUUUGCAGUUUGUUGCCUUCGUGAACAGAUCGGAUGGGGCAGCAGAAGUGGUGCCGUCAGAGGUUUGGCUUUCCAGGGGAUUCUGUUGCCAGCCCAGCUGCCCGCCGGGGGCUAUGGAAAAAUAAUAAUAAUUAUUAAAAUAAUAAUAAUC